CGGCGCCGCGGUAGCUGGUUCCGAGUUGUGGCGUCCUAGGAGCCAAGACGGUUUCUGUCCUCUGGUCGUGGGAGCGGCAACGCUUGGCUGACCGCUGCGGCGGCCCGUAGCCUGCCUCAGGCACCCGUUCAGGGCUGAGGCUGUUGCUGUCACGGUGGGUUGGGGAGUGCAGGUGACCUCGCUGCAUGUUCCUUGUGCCUGCCGCGCUCUCCGGAGGAAGAAGAGGAGGAGGAAGAGGACAUCCAGCCACCCCGGUCUUGGUGUUCAUAAGACCUCCGAGGGCUCCGAAGGAGCGACACCUCUGAGGGGGCUGCAGACGUUCGAGUCCUCGGGUGUGUGAGAAGCGUCCUAGGAAAUCGCGGGGCGCAAAGAAGGGCGCAAGAACUUCGCUUCCUAACUCAGAGGCCUGGCUUUUCUGCGUCGAUUAUCCCCGCAUUCUUUCUCACUUCCUCUCAAUGAUUUCUUCGUAUAUCUGGAAAUAUGAUCAGCGCCCCUGACGUAGUGGCCUUCACCAAAGAGGACGAGUAUGAGGAAGAACCUUACAAUGAGCCAGCUCUUCCGGAGGAGUAUUCUGUGCCGCUCUUCCCCUUCGCCAUCCAGGGUGCCAAUCCAUGGUCCAAACUGUCCGGGGCCAAGUUCUCGAGGGAUUUUAUUCUUAUUUCUGAGUUCUCCGAGCAGGUGGGACCCCAGCCCUUGCUGACCAUCCCCAAUGACACCAAAGUUUUUGGCACUUUUGAUCUCAAUUACUUCUCCCUGCGUAUCAUGUCCGUGGAUUACCAAGCUUCCUUUGUGGGCCAUCCUCCUGGUUCUGCCUACCCUAAGCUGAACUUCGUGGAGGACUCCAAGGUAGUGCUGGGAGACUCGAAGGAGGGAGCCUUUGCAUAUGUGCACCAUCUUACCCUGUAUGACCUGGAGGCCCGUGGCUUUGUGAGGCCCUUCUGCAUGGCUUAUAUCUCGACUGACCAGCAUAAAAUCAUGCAGCAGUUUCAGGAGCUUUCUGCUGAAUUUUCCAAAGCUUCUGAGUGUUUGAAGACAGGCAAUAGGAAGGCAUUUGCUGGGGAACUUGAAAAAAAGCUGAAAGACUUGGAUUACACCAGGACAGUGCUGCACACAGAAACAGAGAUCCAGAAGAAAGCCAAUGACAAAGGCUUUUAUUCAUCUCAGGCAAUUGAGAAAGCCAAUGAACUGGCCAGCGUGGAGAAGUCCAUCAUUGAACAUCAAGACCUGUUGAAGCAGAUCCGCUCAUACCCUCAUCGGAAGUUAAAGGGGUCUGAUUUGUGUUCUGGUGAGGUAGAGCACACCCAGGACCAGGUCAUCCAGGCAUCCACUACCUCUAACCAUGAUGAGUAUGCUGACACAGACCUUUACACCUGCAGACCAGCCUACACCCCAAAACUCAUCAAAGCAAAGUCCACCAAGUGUUUUGACAAGAAGUUGAAGACCUUGGAGGAGCUCUGUGACACUGAAUAUUUCACCCAGACCCUGGCUCAGCUCAACCACAUUGAGCACAUGUUCAGAGGAGACCUGUGUUACCUCCUGACCAGUCAGAUUGACAGAGCACUUCUAAAACAACAGCACAUAACAAACUUCCUCUUUGAAGACUUUUUGGAGGUCGAUGACAGGAUGAUGGAGAAACAAGAGAGCAUACCCUCUAAGCCCAGUCAAGAGAAGCCACCUUCCAGGUCUCUGGAAGAAUGCCCAAUUCCUAAAGUGUUAAUUAGUGUUGGUUCUUACAAGUCCAGUGUAGAGUCUGUGCUGAUCAAGAUGGAACAGGAACUUGGAGAUGAGGAGUACAAGGAAGCAGAGGUGGCAGAAUUAAGCAGUUUUGACCUGCAGGAAAACUUGGACUAUCCGGAUAUGGAUAUGAAAGGGAGUAUCAGCAGUGGUGAAAGCAUUGAGGUUCUGGGCACAGAGAAAUCCACCUCUGUGCUGUCUAAGUCCGACAGCCAGGCCAGCCUUACAGUACCAUUGAGCCCCCAGGUGGUCCGGAGCAAAGCAGUCAGCCACAGGACCAUCAGCGAGGACAGUAUUGAAGUCCUCAGCACCUGCCCCUCUGAGGCCCUCAUCCCUGACGACUUUAAGGCCAGCUACCCAAGUGCCAUUAACGAAGAAGAAGCAUAUGCAGAUGAUAAUGAGGGAGCCAUCCAGUUCCAGGCAAGCAUCGGCCCUGCAGAACUGGAUGAGGCAGAGGAGGGCAGCUUAGAAAACACCCUGUCACAGAUAGACUCCUCCUGCUGUAUUGGGAAGGAGAGCGACAGUAGGCUGGGGCCGCUCUCCACCCCAUCCCACACAAUCUCUGAUGAGGAUGGAGUGGUGAGCAUCGCCCCACAGCGCCACAGACAGAAGGACCAGGGGUUCCAUGUGGACUUUUCGGUGGAAAAUGCAAACCCUUCUUCCCGAGAUAACAGUUAUGAUGGAUUCCCCACCUAUGAACUGGACCCAAGCCACUUGCUGGCCAGCCGGGAUGUGAGUAAGACCAGCCUGGACAACUACUCAGACACCACCAGCUUCGUGAGCAGCGUAGCCUCCACCAGCUCAGACAGGAGCCCCUCCUCUGCUCAUCCUGCUGGCCUGUCUUCUGAGAGGCAUAGAAAGAGGGCUGGCCAGAACGCCUUAAAAUUCAUCCGCCAGUACCCCUUUGCUCACCCCGCCAUCUACUCCUUGCUCAGUGGGAGGACACUUGUGGUCCUGGGGGAAGAUGAGGCCAUAGUCAGGAAGCUCGUGACAGCGCUGUCCAUCUUUGUCCCCAACUAUGGCUGCUACACCAAGCCCGUGAAGCACUGGGCCUCCUCCCCUUUGCACAUUAUGGAUUUUCAGAAGUGGAAGCUUAUUGGCCUGCAGAGAGUGGCCUCCCCUGCUGGUGCCGGCACCCUCCGUGCCCUGAGCCGCUACAGCCGCUAUACAAGCAUCCUGGACCUGGACAACAAAACCCUGCGCUGCCCCCUCUACAGAGGCACCCUUGUGCCCCGCCUGGCAGACCACCGCACUCAGAUCAAGAGAGGCAGCACCUACUACCUGCAUGUCCAGAGCAUGCUCACCCAGCUCUGCUCUAAGGCCUUCCUCUACACCUUCUGCCACCACCUGCACCUGCCCACCCAUGACAAGGAGACGGAGGAGCUGGUGGCUAGCCGCCAGGCGAGCUUCCUGAAGCUGACCCUGGGUCUGGUGAAUGAGGAUGUCAGGGUGGUCCAGUACCUGGCUGAGCUGCUGAAGCUGCACUAUAUUCAGGAGUCUCCCGGGACCGGCCACCCCAUGCUCAGGUUUGACUAUGUCCCCAGCUUUUUGUACAAAAUCUGAGGUCGGUCUCAG